AUGUCUGAGAUUCGUCGCAAGCUUGUCAUCGUUGGCGAUGGUGCAUGUGGAAAGACUUGCUUAUUGAUCGUCUUUUCUAAAGGCACCUUCCCUGAGGUUUAUGUGCCUACAGUGUUUGAGAAUUACGUCGCCGAUGUUGAAGUUGAUGGCAAACAUGUUGAAUUGGCUCUCUGGGAUACCGCCGGUCAAGAGGACUACGAUCGCCUCCGGCCUCUUAGCUAUCCAGAUUCGCAUGUCAUUUUGAUUUGUUUUGCAAUCGACAGUCCCGAUUCGCUGGACAACGUUCAGGAGAAGUGGAUAUCCGAGGUCAUGCAUUUCUGUGCCGGACUGCCUAUCAUCCUGGUUGGGUGUAAGAAGGAUCUCAGACGUGAUCCAAAGACUAUUGAUGAGUUGCGGAAGACCUCUCAGCGCCCGGUCACACCCGAGGAGGGAAUGGCUGUGAUGCAGAAAAUUGGUGCCCGUCACUACCUGGAGUGCAGCGCUAAGACUGGUGACGGUGUUCGUGAAGUUUUCCAAUAUGCGACUCGUGCUGCCCUUCUUUCGAAAAGGCCUAAACCAAAGUCAAAGUGCAUCAUUGUUUAA